AUUUUCAUUCUCUUCCAAAACGCAUACCCUAAAAGAACACAAAGAGUCUUGAAUAUCGUCGUAAAGCACCUCUAAGCGUGUUCUUGUCGAUUCUCAAGAGCUAUAGAUUAUAUCAGAUAUCACAAACUCAAUUAUGAGUGAGAACAAAAAGAUUCGGUCGAAAAAGGCCGAAGAAGGCCCUCAAAACGCAAACAAGUCAGUAGCGAACGGAGAGUCCAUACAUGCGGAUUCAGCUCCGCCUCGAAGAAACACCAGAGGUAAAAGAGUAUCUAAAGGAAAACAAGGUUCUUCAAAUGCGUCGAAAAGUUCUCCAGAAAAUGAAGAGUCCCAAGCGUUAAAACUCGAGUCAGACCCUAAAAUUCAGAUUUCUGCAUUGAAAGAACUUUUUCCCGAAUGGACUGUGGAUGAUCUUGUUUUCGCAUUGGAAGAGGCGGGUCAUGAUUUGGAGUUGACUAUCGCUCACAUCACCGAAGGUCAUGCCUCUCAAUGGGGACAAGUAACGAAGAAGCAGCCAACGAAGCAAACAAAGCAAAAGUCGAAAACGGGUGACGCCGAUGCUACGGUCCCUAAAAUUGCAUCUCGGAAACCUAAGAAAGCACCUAGACAAGACCAACCUCAGCCUUCUCGUAAAGAAAAAGCUGUCCCUCAGACAAAGACAUCGACUGCUUCUUCUAUACCUGAGUCCUCAAAAGUUCAAUCCGCUCCCAAUACUGAUAAUGCAUCGACUUUCACUCCUUCCUCUAAACCCGAUGACAUAACUCAACAACCUAUAGAUUCAAGUAAUGCCAAAACUACUCAUGCCACUCAAACUGAACAACCUUCAACUUCAACCUCAGCAGCUAAGACUACUCCUCCCCAGAUUGAUAAGCCUGCCGUUGUUGCUCCUCCUACCCAGUCAUCCAAAGCUCCAUGGGCUGCUAUUGCGAAGGUGAAAAGAAAGCAAGCCUUACCUAAAGCUGCGCAACCAACUCAACCAACAAAGUUGCCUUCUACUUCAUCUGACGCUGCGGCGGUUGAACAACCCUUGCAACCUCCUGUUCCUUUAGCAUCUAGACCUACUGAACCCGAGGUUGCACCUCAGCAAAACGAACAGAAAGUAGAACAAGAGGAACAAAAGAUUCCUCCUGUAGCGGUUGCUGAUUCCGGUGUUAGCAAGCCUGCUGUUGAAUCCAAACCAGCCAACGUUACGAAUACUGCUCCUGCUACGACUUCCCAGAGCAAGCCUGUGGAGACGAAGGCACCUUCAACUGGAUUCCAUGGCUCUACGAAUGGAAUAACUACUGCUCGUCUGCUUUCCGACAAGUUUCCCGUCGUUAUGCCAGUCGCCAAUACUGGGGCGAUUCCCGAAAAGGUUCAAGUCCGAUUUGGUAGCUUGACCCUCGGUGGUGAUGAAUCAUUAUCCAAUAAGCCUGUAACUCCCCCAGCAGGAUUUGCUCCCAAGCAAGUUAAAGAAUCAUCUAGGGAAACUUAUGCAUCUCCUAAGCCUCAACCUCCCCAAUAUGACGAUAGCAAGGCUGCUCUUGGUAACAAUACAGAAGCUUUACCAGCAAAGCGACAAUCACAGCCAUCCGCACCUGUUAGUGGUGCUGUUCCCGAAUAUCCUACUGCUGCUGUCAGCGACAACUCGUAUUACUUUGAUGUGAAAAACAAUCCUUCAGCAAAUGCAGCGAUUGGUGGUGGAGCCCCUCAAGUUAGUUUACCCACGGGAAAUACUCCUACAGUAAACAAACAAGGCAAUGGGGGAUUUAUGGCGAUGUACUCUCCAGUGAUGCAUGACAUUGCUCCUCAACAAUAUGGAGUUGGCAGUUCCUUGCCGAUGUCUGCAGCUAGUGCUUACAGCAAUGAUCCAGCGAUGGCGGGAGUUCAUGACAAGGCGAAUUUGCCAUACACGUCUAGAUUUGGGAAGCCAUUAGAAAACAAGGUGGAGACGAAUGUGAGUCCUUUUGAUACUUAUCAGCAUGCAGAGUAUGGAGCAGCACCAGGGUUUGGACCUACGGCGGCACAUCAACAUCAGCAAAAUGCUCAUGCAGCUUAUAGCGGAAUGUCGCCGUUAACAUAUGGCCAAAGUGUACCGAAUUACUUUAAUGAGCGUUCGCAAUAUUCUCAAUAUGAUCCAGCCGUGAAUGGAACGCCAGAGAUGCAUGGAAUGGCACAAAACAAGGUUGGAAGUACGGCGGCAGCGAUUCCUUCCUUGCCGAACACGACGGCAACAGCAAGCCCAGUGGUUUCGCAACAGCCUCAGCCAUAUGCAUUCCCCCCUAUGUAUCCUGUUCCAUACAUGUCGUAUGGCUAUGGAUCGCUUCCUUAUGGUAACAACAAGUACGGACAGCCUCAACAAGGGUACGUGAUGCAGAAUGGCUUGAAUGAUUUCCCACCUAUAUUAGGGGGACACAGCAGUAUCUACAACCGCCAGCAGAGUGGGGGAGGUGUUGGAAACAUUGGCGGUGGGGCGCAAGUAGGCGGCAACACAGCUGGAAAUGUGCCGGUGGAUAAGGGGCGUGAAGUGACUGGCAGUUCUCUUGGAGGAUUCUCGUCGAUGUCUGGAGGAAGCCGUAGUGCAGCAGCACCUGGGAUGUUUGUGAAUGAAGGAGAAUGGGGAGCACCAUCACCUUAUGGAUAUGUUCCUCAAGGGGGAUUGAAUGCUUCACCCGGUGGACAUCAAGGAACGUACCCUUCGAAUGGCAAUAAGGGUGGAAAUGUAAGCAGCCAAGGAUCUGGAUUUCCAUUUAAUCCUACGGGGACAACGACGACGACGACGAGUGGAGCCGGAGGAAGCGGAAAUGGAAUAGGAAGCUAUGGAGCUUAUAACCAAACAUUUAUGAACCGACCCGGAAAUUGGUAUGGCAACGCGUAAAGCAAGUAUGAAAAGAAGAGAGACGAGAGACAGGAGAAGAAAGAACGAGGAAAGCCAAAAGAGAAAAGAGAAAAGAGAAAAGGAUGGAAAGAAUUUAAGCGGGGAGGUUUGAAUUUUUUUUGAUUGCCUUUUUGUCUUUGAUGGAUUUUUUCCUUGUGGUGAUGAUGAUAUGACACAGCACACAGCGUUGGUUAUUUUUUAUGUAUAGGAUAUCGUGAUGAAUGGCAGGCAAGAAUAGAAAAGUUGUUUGGAUAAAUGAUACAUAGUA